AACACAAACGGCACAACAUCUCUUUUCUCAUCUCUUGAAAAAAAAAAAAAAAACAACUCAACAGAGAAAAAAAAUACCUUGAGAAUAAAGGUAAUGAUUAAUCUAUCAGGCACAAAAAGGAUCGUUUUGGGGAUUUCAGGUUCUAACUCACUAAUUCAAAUAAACAGCAGAGAACAAGGAAUGACAAUUUUACCAGAGGAGGAUUAAGUCACAGCCUGUAAUUGGGACACUGUUUGUACAGUCAGAGAAUCUCACCAGACAUCUCCAGGAAUCUCUGAGCCGUUGUCAAAACUCCCAUUUUCACGUGCCGGUGAAGUCGGGACCAGAAGAAACAAGUAUUGGUGAAAGUGUGGCCUUUGGAGAAACCCCAAGAUGAAGCCUGAGAAAGGACCCAAGAGGAAAAGCUUCAAGCAGAGACUGGUCUUGAAGAGCAGCUUAGCUAAAGAAACGCUCUCUGAGUUCCUGGGCACAUUCAUAAUGAUUGUCCUUGGGUGUGGCUCUGUGGCACAAGCCAUCCUCAGUCGAGGGCAUUUUGGAGGAGUUGUUACUGUCAAUGUUGGAUUUGCCAUGGCAGUUGUAAUGGCCAUUUAUGUGACUGGAGGUGUCUCUGGUGGCCACAUCAACCCAGCUGUGUCUUUUGCAAUGUGUCUCUUUGGGCGGAUGAAGUGGUUCAAGUUGCCCUUUUAUGUGGGAGCCCAGUUCUUGGGAGCAUUUGCAGGGGCUGCAACCCUCUUUGGCAUUUACUAUGAUGGACUUAUGUCCUUUGCUGGUGGAAAAUUGCUCAUCGUGGGAGAAAAUGCAACAGCACAGAUUUUUGCAACAUACCCAGCUCCAUAUCUAUCUCUGGCUAAUGCAUUUGCAGAUCAAGUAGUGUCCACCAUGUUCCUCCUCAUGAUUGUCUUUGCCAUUUUUGACUCCAGAAACUUGGGAGUCCCCAAAGGCCUCGAACCUGUUGUCAUCGGCCUCCUGAUUGUUGUCAUUUCUUCCUCCCUGGGGCUGAACAGUGGCUGUGCCAUGAACCCAGCUCGAGACCUGAGUCCCAGACUUUUCACUGCUUUGGCAGGAUGGGGUUUUGGGGUCUUCACAGCUGGAAAUAACUUCUGGUGGAUUCCUGUAGUGGGCCCUUUGGUCGGUGCUGUCAUCGGGGGCCUCAUCUAUGUUCUUGUCAUUGAAAUGCACCAUUCAGGUCCGGAUCCAGUCUUUGAGGCAGAACAAUUUGAAGACAAACCAGAUAAAUAUGAACUUAGUGUGGUAAUGUAG